AUGCCUCGCGUUGGUUUGAUCGGUGGCUCCGGCCUUUACAACAUGACUGGCCUCGAGGUCAUCAAGAAAGUCAAGAUCUCGACCCCCUUUGGCGAUCCCUCGGGCGAAUUCAUUAUUGGUCGCCUCGAGGGUGUUGAGUGCGUCUUCCUCCCCCGCCACGGCUAUGGUCACGUGCACAACCCCACCGAGGUCAACUAUCGUGCCAACAUCUACGGCAUGAAGGUUCUGGGCGUGGAGUUUCUCAUUGGCGUGUCCGCCGUGGGCUCGCUCAAGGACGAUAUUGUUCCGGGCGAGGUCGUCCUUGUGGAUCAAUUCAUUGACCGCACCCACCAUCGCCAGCACACUUUUUUCGAGAACGGCUGUGUUGGUCACGUGAGCAUGGCCCACCCCGUGUGCGAGAAGCUCCGUGAAUACCUCUAUGAAUCGUGCGAGGAGGCCUGCUCCAGCGCCAAGGUCAAGUUUCAUGCCCACGGUACCUACGUCAACAUGGAAGGCCCGGCCUUCUCGACCAUUGCCGAGUCUUGCCUCUAUUGCUCGUGGGACGCCGAUGUCAUCGGCAUGACCUGCCUUGCCGAGGCUCGUCUUGCUCGCGAGGCCGAAAUUUCCUACGCCGUCCUCGCCAUGGCAACCGACUACGACAGCUGGCAUCCCAACCACGACAAUGUUUCCGUCGACGCCGUCGUUGCCGUGCUCAAGGUAUGA